CCAUCCCCCCGACGCCGCCAUGGCCGCAGAUCUGGAGAGAGGGCGCAGAGAGGCCUCUUGGGUCGUCAACGGCGCAGGCAGGAAGCAACCGCAGCGAUCUCAUGGAAGACGACAAGCCUCCUCUCCUCGGUCGCCUUGUGAAUUCUCUCCCCAAGAAUGGCUCUCACUCGCACGCUUGGCCAGAACUGGAGCUAGGGUGGAGGGUUGUGCUCGGAUCCACAAUCGCUUUCGCAGGAUCCGCUCUCGGGAGCGUCGAGGGAGUGGGGGGAGGUGGCAUCUUUGUGCCCAUGUUUACUGGAUUUUUUUUUCUUUUGUAAACAGGUUUUCUUAGUUACAACUUACAAGUCUGGUAGCAUCAUCACAAGCGCUCUUAAAAAACACAAAAUGUCGUGCUUUGGAUGUUGCGAAGAGAAUGAUAAUAAUCGAACUGCUGCCAGUGGUGGCCCUUAUGUUGCAAGCCAUUCAGCUGGAAAUGAUGGAGCCUAUCUUUCUGCCAAUACUCCUUCUAAGGGUGCCCAAACUGUUAAGCCACAACCUAUUGCAGUCCCAGCUAUUCCUGUUGACGAGAUAAGGGAGAUCACAAAAAAUUUUGGUGAUGAAGCUUUGAUUUGGGAGGGUUCAUUUGGUAGAGUGUAUUUUGGUGUCCUAAAGAAUGAGAGAAGCACAGCUGUAAAAAAAUUAGAUUCAAGCAAGCAGCCAGACCAAGAGUUUUUGGCACAGGUUUCCAUGGUGUCACGGCUGAAGCAUGAGAAUGUCAUGGAGUUGGUUGGUUACAAUGUUGAAGGAAAUCUCCGUCUGUUAGCAUAUGAGUUUGCUACAAUGGGGUCUCUCCAUGACAUUCUUCAUGGACGAAAAGGAGUUAAAGGAGCACAACCAGGACCAGUGUUGUCAUGGCUCCAAAGAGUUAAAAUUGUUGUCGGAGCAGCAAAAGGAUUGGAAUACCUGCAUGAGAAAGCCCAGCCUCAUAUCAUUCAUCGUGAUAUCAAGUCAAGUAAUGUUUUACUCUUUGAUGAUGAUGUUGCAAAAAUAGCUGAUUUUGAUCUAUCAAAUCAAGCUCUUGACAGCUGA